AAAAAAGUCAAUCGUUUAAUUGAAGAAUUGAAUAAACUAUCUACAACUACUGACAUGUCAUUUCAUAGAAAAUUAAAUUUAUUUCUUUACAAAAUUCAAAUUUUAGCUUUGAGACUUCCACUUUUCAUAGUUACUUAA